AUGUUAUGCCAUGCGCACGACUCCAGUGAGCCCCAUUACCUAAUUGGGACCGCCAGACAAAAACUAUGAGCAUGGAGAAUUAUCAACAAGUGUACAGUACAUAGCCCAUAUAUACAAGUACUUUGUUGUUUUAGUUGUAUACAGUUCAAUUGACAGUAUAAUGGUAGAAGUAUCAUUAACCGUGGGUAAGUUGGACGCGUCGUUGGCGUUAUUAUUAACCAAAGAUCAUCAUUUAAUUGAAUUUCCAACGAUCUUAUUACCUAAUGGAGUUAAAGCCGGAAGUAUAGUAAAGAUUAAAUGUGAUCAAGAUUUAGAUACUGAAAGAGAAGAAUCAAUAAAAUUUCAAUCAAUUCAAGAUGAAAUUCUUUCUAAAUAUGGAUCUCAAUUACCAAAAGCUCCAGUAUUAAAAAUUAAAAAUGUUACUCAAACUUCUUGUGUACUUGAAUGGGAUACUUUAGAUUUAGGUACAGCAAGUUUAAAGAAUUUAAUAUUAUUUAAAGAUGAUAAAAAACUUGGAGCUAUACCUCAAGCAUUAUCUAAUAAAACUACUAAAUUAUCAGGUUUACCGAUAGAUAAAGCAUUUAAAUUUCAAUUAAGAUUAGAUACAACAGCUGGAACUUUUACUUCAAAUAUUAUAGAAGUUACAACUCAUAAAAUGACUGAUUUAUCAGGUAUUAGUGUUUGUUUAGGUGAUAUAUCUCCAAAUCAACAAUUUACAACUCAAGAUAUUGAAGAUACUUUAACAAAUAUUGGAGCUAAUCCAAUCCAUGAAAAAGUUAGAGUAGAAACAACUCAUUUCUUAUGUACUAAAGAAAAUAAACAAAAUCCAGAAUAUAUUAAAGCAAGUGAAAUGAAUAUUCCAAUAAUUAGACCAGAAUGGUUGAAAGCAUGUGAAAGAGAAAGACGUAUUGUUGGAGUAAGAGAUUUCUAUGUUAAAGAUUGUGUAUUACCCGAUAUAUUUGCAAAGAAUUAUUGGGGUAAGUCCGAUAGUGCUGUUGUAUCUCCACCUGAAGAAGAACCUCAAGAACAAACAACAGAAACUAAUAAUAGUGAAACUCAAGAAGACGUAAGUACUCCAGUGGUUGAAGCAUCUGAAGACUUAGAUGUACCAGAAAUAAGAGUUGAACCAAGUACUCCACUCCAAGAUAUUGCCAUUGAAGAAACUGUAGAAGUAGUUCCUACUGUAGUUGAUGACUUACCAAAAGUGAAAGAUAAUGAUGAGGUUAAAGAUGUAAGUGACGAAUCAGUUCCUAGUGUUCAAGAUGAGAUAAUCCCUCCUCCUGUCCCUGAAAAGGAUGUGGUUGAGCCAGUUGAACCAGCUCCUGAACCAGUUACAGAACCAGUUACAGAACCAGUUGAAGCAGUGGUUGAAGAACCAAAAGAAGAGCCAACUACAGAUGCAGUUGAAGAACCAGCUACUACACAAGAUGAACCACCACAAGUUCCCGAUAAAGAAGAAAUACAUGCAGAACCUGUCUUGGAAGAACCAACUGGUGAUCUUGCAGAAAAAGCUGACACCAAUAAUGACGAAGGAGAUGAAGACGAAGAAGCCGAAGUAGAAGGUGAAGAUGGUGAAGAAGAAGUAGAAGCAACACCCGAACCUGAAGGAACUGCUUCGACAUCAACUCCAUCAUCCAAAAAGUCUAAAAAGAAAAAGUCCAAGAAGAAAGGUAAGAAAUAAAUAAUUUAGAAAACCCUGUAAUUUCUCUACAAAAUGCAUUCUUGUGUACUUUAGUAUUUUAUCUUUAUUUUUAUUAAAAUAUAUAAACUGUU